AUGGACACCCAAAAUAAUCCAAUACCCCAGACUUAUUUAAAUCAAAAUGCAGAUAAUUCUGCAACAAAUUCUAACAAUGCACACUCGGAAAAGUCCCCCGGAUAUAUGCUUCCUCAAAUACCACUUGCCGAAACUAUCACGGCUACAACCGCAGCAGCAACAAUAACAACAAACACCCACAAUGCAGAAAAAGAUACUGAAGAAUUCCCAGAAGGUGGACGAGGUUGGCUUGUUGUCGCUGGUACUUUUGUUCUUAUGGGAGCUUCCUUUGGUAUGGCUAGCAUCUACGGCCAAUACCAACGUCAUUAUCUUGAAGUCUUCCCAACUACAAAACAAAGUGUUCUCAUUCUUAUUGGCUCUCUCCAACCUUUUCUCAUUUAUUUUUUUGCCAUCCCAUCUACUAUCUUUAUUAAACGUGUUGGACCUCAUGUUGCAGUUGCAACCUCUGGCUUCAUUCUAGUCUUUUCUCUGAUGAUGACAUCUCUAUGUAGUAAAGUCUGGCAGUAUGCAUUGGCUCAAGGCGUUCUUUUUGGUAUGGGUUCAUCAAUCUCCGUAUUUGUGUCUUAUACUAUGCCUCAACAGUGGUUUAAAAAAAAAAGAGCCACAGCCAUAGGAAUUGUUGCCUCAGGAUCUUCAGUCGGCGGUCUUCUCUGGCCACUUGCUUUAUACAAUCUGACUGAACAGGUUGGCUUCGAUUGGGCAAAUAGAAUCAUGGGAUUUAUAUUCAUUCCUUUAAUGGCUUUUGCAACUUUUGCUGUAAAAUCUAGGGAACACUUAAUUGGCCAAAAUAAUAAUAAUAAUAAUAAUAAUAAUAAUAAUAAUAAUAAUAAUAAUAAUAUUCAACAAGAAGAAACACAAGAGGAAGAAACUUUUUUUGUCGAAUACACAGAGUCCAAUGAAGAACAUAGCAUACGCUUGCAAGAAGAAGAAGUAGAAGAUUUGCAACAUGAGGGUGAUUUUAAAUCACAUUCAGACCAUGUGGAAAACAUGGAAACUCAAGAUAAUUUUAGUUCAAAUAGCAGCAGCACUUGUUCAGUAAGAGAAAAACACUGGCUUCAACAAAAUGUCUUUCACAGUGGAUUUCUUGUAGAUUGGUCUGUUCUUAAAGACUACCACUACUCUCUCAUCGUUUUCGGGAAUUUCAUAGGAUUCUUUGGUCUUUUCAACCCUUUAUUUUUUAUUGUCACAUAUUCUGAAAUCCUUGAAAUUGACCCCAAUAUCAAAACAUACAUCAUGACCAUUACAAACUCUGGCUCUGUUCUCGGCCGUAUUCUACCAGGUAUAAUUGGAGACAAAAUUGGUCGCCUCAACAUGCUCAUCAUGGCUGUACUGAGCUCAAGUCUCGUGGUUUUAUGCUUAUGGCUACCAAGCAGAAAUACAGCCACUGUGUUCGCUGCCGGCUUUUGUUACGGUAUGACAAGUGGUGCUUUAGUCAGUUUGGCCCCUGCAGCUCUUGGUCAACUUUUUGGGUAUCACGGCUUACAAUCCCGUCUUAGUAUAUUUUUCUUGGCGUGCUCUUUUGGAUCUUUACUGGGUCCUGUCAUUGGUUCUUCAUUUUUGCCAAAUGCAAAAGACUCCUAUGUGGAUGGUAAAGGCUCAUUGCAAGGAUAUAAUAAGUUAAUCAUUUUUACUGGUGUAGUGCUUCUGGCAAGUGCUGCCACCCUAACGUUUGUCAGGUUUUCUAUUAAUCGUAAACUUUUUGCUUUUGUGUAA